GGUCUCCAUCCCCUACCUCCAGCCUCCCGGCCGGCCCUGUCCAUGCGAGGACGGCAAUGGCGCCCGCCUCCGUCGCCGUCUCCCUCUCCCUCUCCUUCCGCCUAGUCCCGCCCCGCCCCUCCCUCCUCAGGCCGAGGUGGCUCCGGCCAGUCAGGGCUUCGAGCGACACGACUGGCGCUCCGGACGGAGGCCGGAGGGUCGGGGCUCUGGAGAGGAGGGUGGGGGAUUUGAAGGCGCUCGUCGCUUCAGUGCCUCCCGCUGUUGUUUCGAUCAGGAAAAACAUUGGACUAAAUUCUGUUGCCGGUUUCUGUUUCGGCGUUGCGUUUUUGGCUGCUGUUGGAAGACAGAUCAUGAUAAGAACUCGGCAGCAGGAUAACAGUGGUUCUGUUUCUGAUCUAGUAAGGCGCGGGCAUCUAAAAUCAGGGCCACGUGGGAUUGCAAAACCACAACUAUACAAUGAUCCUUUCAAUAAUCCGUUAGUCAAGAUCGAUGAAGAUACUUCUACUGCUGAAGUGUUUGGCAAGGAGUACCGCCUAGCUCCUGUUCGACUUACAAAUGAACAACAGGCAAUGCAUCAGAAAAGGAGAUCACAUACAUAUCAGUGGAAAAGGCCCACUGUGUAUCUUAAAGAAGGGGAUCCAUUACCAGCAGAUGUCGAUCCAGAAACAGUCAGAUGGAUUCCAGGAAACCACCCAUUUGCGGCUGGCUCAGUUGAAGUAGAUGAGGAGACUGCCAAAAAGAAUGUUUAUCAAAAGGAUGGCGUUCCAUCCCGCGUUAAAGCCGAACAUGAAGCUUUGCGGUUAAGGCUGGAGGCUUCAAAUGAUGUAACACCAUUCUCUUCUGGUCCAAGGAAUGUGCAAGGUAAUGAGAGAUCAUUAAGGUUAUCACACCAGCCGUCUGGGGAUCUGCAGCACUCUGAAUCUGACAUGGUAGAUAACCAACACGGCCAAUCAAUCUUAGAGCCUGAGAAGCAAAGCUCUGACAACAAUUCACAAUCAAAAAGUUUGGAGGAACAAUAAAUUUGUUUAUUUUGUAAACCCUCAUGCAUUUCCUUUCUCAGGCUUUAGCUGUAGAUAGACGAAUUUUGGAACAGUAAGCUUACGUAGUGACUAGCAAUGUGUUGUUGUACAUAUUCCCUCCGUCCCAAAUCAAUUGACUACGGAGGGAGUAGAUGUUUUCUUGGUGAGAAUAUCUCCAUGUGCACGUGAAUGUUUUCUUUGUGAACA